UGAAAUUUCCCUUUUUCCUAGAAAUUCAUCCAUCCCUUUCAAUGGACCCGUCCCAAUCCAGUUGUAUUCCGGUAAUUUUUUUAAAUAAAUUAUUACAAAUUUAUUUAUUGUUCCGUACAUUUUGAACCCGCCAAUAAACUGUUAAUUCAUGUGAAAAAUCCCAGACCCACUGAAUUACCACGGACCGAUAUGGACAACGAGGAAGUGGUGAAGACGGGGAGGGGUCGAGGAGGCAGAGGAGGCCGCGGUAGAGGCGGUGGAAGAGGUGGGAGAGGCAGGGGAGGUGGCCGUGGCAGAGGAGGGAGAGGGAAGAAGAGUGUGAAGCAGGUGGAGAGCGAUGGAGGAGAGGAGGAGGUGGCCAUACCAGGGGGCCAGGAGGGCGGAGGGCCGAUCGACGAAGGAGGAGGUGGGGAGGAGGUGAUAUCGGCCAAUAAGAUUGAUAUGGAAGCUGAUAUUCUACAGCUUGAAGCUCCAACCUUCUCAACGAUCAAUAGGGGACCUCCCGAACCUAUGCUCCGUUUAAGAUGGGACCACCGCGUGAGUUUAGUGGCCGAGAAGGUGCUGAAUCCAAUGAUCCACUGCUGUGACACCUGUUUGAAGCCGAUCCUGAUCUACGGCCGCAUGAUUCCCUGCAAACACGUCUUCUGUCUGGCCUGCGCCAAACGAGAGGACAAGGCUGUUUGUCCACGCUGUAUGCAAAAGGUGGUGCGUGUGGAACAGACAGGACUGGGUAGUGUGUUUAUGUGCACUCAUGGCGGGACCCGAUACGGCAAUGCUGGCUGUAGGCGGACAUAUCUGUCACAGAGGGAUUUGCAGGCGCACUUCAACCACCGCCACGUGUCCAACUCGGCCGCUGCCCUGGGUGGAGCCGCAGGUGACAACAGCCAAGACCAGGCGUCACCCGUGCUACACCUCAACACGGGGCCGACCUCCCGCGACCUACCAGGCGCACCCGCUACCAGGCUCAAGGCACCUCCUCAGUCCUCAGCCCAGCACCUGGUAUCCACCAACGACCCUCGCAGCAUCCCACUCGACCACCGUCGCAACUCGCCUCCCCCUCAAUACCACCCGCACCGGGGUGCGCCUGGUAUCGGAGCUCCCCCUGGUAUCGGUGCUCCUGGUAUGUACGCUCCACAACAACCCCCUACCAUGCGAACAAACCUUAUCACAGUGCAAAUCCAAGACACUUCGACAACCUGCGAGAAUACCAACGUGAUAAACUCGUCCUAUUACACUCAACCACCCCCAGUGGCAGCCUAUGGACCACCGCCCCCGUAUGGGGUGCCGCCUCCGGUACCUCCGCCCCAAUUCUACCCGGCGCAAAGUGGUCCUCCUGUGCAGUUUGGCGCGCCGCCCCCGAUGGCUCCCCGGGCUCCUGUUCCGGUGCCCUAUCCGGAGCAGUCGCCCUACAAUCCGCCGCCUCCAGGGCAAUGGCAGCAUCCGCCUCCCGCCUCCAACCAACCGCCUUUCUAUCACUGACAAAGGAUGUGAGAUAUGGGAUGAAAUCUACGAAAAUCUAGUUCAACUUCGAGUUAUAUUGAAUUGAACUUUAUGAUGAUAUAGAACAUGAAAUUGUGGUUCGAGGACAUGAAAUUGAAUGACAAAGUAAAAUUUAUUUGAACCUAGAGUUAUAUUGAAUUGAACUGUGACUUUGUGAUGAUAUAGAACAUGAUAUUGUGGUUCGAGGACAUGAAAUUGAAUGACAAAAUAAAAUUUAUUUGAACCUAGAGUUAUAUUGAUUUGAACUUUAUGAUGAUAUAGUACAUGGUUUGUGAACGUAAAAUUAAAAACUAGUGAAUUCCACAACGAUAUUAGGACCUUCUAUUAAACUAAACUGUGAAUCUACAAACAUGACUGUGAAUCGUAAACAACUCUGUGAAUCUACAAACAUGACUGUGAAUCAUAAACUAAACUGUUCAUCUAAAAAUAUGACUGUGAAUCAUAAACUAAACUGUGAAUCUACAAACAUGACUGUGAAUCAUAAACUAAACUGUGAAUC